AUGGGUGUUGGCUAUUGGUUGAUUCCUGAGUCAGCCCAUCCUGCUUUUGAUAAGGCAGGCCACUAUUUCCAAAUUCUGAUUCAUCGCAUACCAGUUGAUCCGAUCACAUACAAGGUGGAUGUCAACGCCAUGCGUAGGGCCAUCACUCAAGACACCUGUAUGCUCGUUGGUUCGGCUCCGGGAUUUCCACAUGGUGUGAUAGACCCAAUCGAGGAAAUCGCUGAACUCGGUCGAAAAUUCGGCAUCCCAGUUCACGUGGAUUGUUGUCUGGGUGGAUUUCUUCUCCCCUUCAUGGAUCGGGCCGAUUUCCCGAUCGAACCUUUCGAUUUUCGUCUACCGGGUGUCACGAGCAUUUCCUGUGAUACGCACAAGUAUGGCUUCGCAGCCAAAGGUACUUCGGUGAUUAUGUAUCGCAAUGCGGACUAUCGUGCGAAACAGUUUUUCACACAACCCGACUGGUCCGGAGGUUUGUACGCAUCUCCCACAUUUGCAGUUAAGAAAGUAAACAAUAACCAUUACUGGGCACCGGAACUCCGAUUGCAAAAAAUACCUGGGAUCGUUGUCUACGGCGAUCCACAAGUCUGUGUGGUCGCAUUCGGAUCAGACCGGUUUGACAUUUAUCGCCUGUCUCAGGGACUCUCCGAACUGCCCAACGGUCGCGGUUGGGUUCUGAACAAUCUGCAAUUCCCAGCCGCCGUUCACUUGUGUGUGACAGACUUGCACACCGCCGAAGGUCGUGCGGAGGCUUUUAUUCGUGAUGUGGCCUCGGUGGCUGCGGAGUUGCGUGACAAACCUCAACUGCAUUCGGGCGGCCUGGCCGCCAUCUAUGGAAUGUCCGCCCUCAUUCCGGACCGAUCAAUUGUGUCACGAGUGGCUCGCGGAUUCUUAGAUGCGUGCUAUGACACCCCGGAUAUGAGCACGACGUCCACAACUGAGUCACGAGGCACCAAUUCACCAUCAAAUAAAAAGAAAUCGUGA